UGUCCUUGACAAUGCAUUUACUUCUAUUGGAAAAAUCAGUUAAGAAGUGUUUAUAAAUCACAGAAAUCACAGUUGAAAUAAUGAGAGUUCCUAGGUCAGAAUGUACGGUGGAUUAAGCUAGAAGAACAAGCCAUUGUUAGUUAAUUCUUUCAGUGUUCCGUAUUCAAGCAUGCCGCAUUGAUCACUUUUGCAAUUGGAACAAAUAGUCUGACCUUGGCAAUGAGAGAAAGAGCCGCUUUUUUCCAUUGUUUGUGUCUCACACUUGAUUAGUUUCAAUAGCGAUAACAGUACUAUCCGCUGAUACAACACGCACACAUUCCCGUUCGCAUCCGUGCGUCGCGUAAACUUGGCAUUGGGGCGCAUCCCUGUCGCAAAACCAACAAGAAUAUGUUGCCGAUAGAUUCGACAGCCGAUAUCCUGCUUCUGGUACUCCCGGUACUUUCCUUUACUUUUUUUUGUUUUCUUAUUUACGGAAGGGAAGGAAAACUGAAUUAUCCACCAGGGCCGUGGGGCCUUCCUAUUCUUGGAAAUCUACCUCAGCUUGGUUCUACGCCACACAUUGCAUUAACCGAGCUUGGCAAGGUCUACGGAGAUAUGUUUUCCGUGAGGCUUGGUUCACGGGAAGCAGUUGUUUUAAACAGCGGAGAGGUGGUUAGACAAGCCCUGUUACAAAACUCUCGACAAUUCUCCGAUCGACCACCGAUGUCCGCGUCUGCAAUACGAGAAGUUCGGAAAUUCAGCAUUGUCUUCGGAGAAUACUGCCCCGCUCAUGUUCUCAAGAAGAGGUGCGCCUUAAAAGCAAUUCACCAAGUUGUGCUCAACAACAUGGGACAUUUCAACAAAAUCGUUCACGAUGCAUUUCUGGAUUUCAAAGCAGACCUGGUCAACAAAGAAGUGCAAACCUUCAAGCCGUCCAUUCACCUUAAGUUAGCUGUUAUAAAAAUUAUCUUUAACUUCACUUUCGGAGAGGGGCCUCGUAAUCAGCAGCUCUCGAAGGAGCUGCAAAAACUUGUAGUCGACUCUGACGAAUUUACCGAAAGCAGUGCUGCUAGCGGUCUAGUGGAUUUUCUUCCUUGGGUUAAACCCUUUGUUCGGAAGCAGAUUGCUACAGUGGAACACUCAGUGGAAGUGCUGAUUGAUUUCGUGGACAAGGUGUACACUUCCCGUAAACAGAAAGCUGCGAAUGACUCUUGUAUUGCAUUUUGCGUCACGAAGCUCUGGGAAGAAAAGGCAAAGAGGAAACCUAACGAGGACGUAAACAUGAAUUUAGAGGUGGAAGAACCAAGCGAUCUUUCCUAUUCAUCACCAAAAGGCAAACCAGUCGACAAUGGCGACGAGGAAAUUGUCAAAAUGAUAUCAACUGACGUGUUUGGCGCUGGCCUGGAGACGGUUUCCAAUGCCCUAAGCUGGGCCAUGGCUUACAUCGUAAACAGCCCGAAGAUUCAGCAAAGCCUGCAUCGAGAGUUGGAUAGCGCUGUUGGGCGGCUCCGCCUUCCUACCAUCCAAGAUAAGCCAAAGAUGCCUCUUCUACAAGCUACAGUGUUGGAGGUUCUUCGCAUUACUUCCUUGGUACCACUUGCUUUGCCUCAUCAAACCUCAGAGGAAACAAAACUAUGUGGGUACACGAUCCCAAAGGCCACACUAGUCAUUGUCAAUCUGUGGGCAGUGAAUCAUGACCCUCGCGUGUUUGAGAACCCACACGUGUUUAAUCCUUACAGAUUCUUGAAUGAGGACGGAGAGCUCUGCCAAAAGAAGACCAAGUUCCAGCUGCCUUUUUCGAUUGGAAGUCGUCGCUGUCUUGGAGGCACGUUGGCUAAAGCAGAGAUCUUUUUGCUGCUAGCUUGUUUAUUGCAGCACUUUGAGUUUUCCAGCGCCACUGGAGGUAGCGUUGAUUUGGAAAGUCAUUUUGGACUCACUUUACGUCCAAAACCUUUCAGUGCUUGCGCUCGUCUUCUAUCAACUGACGUGUUUGGCGCUGGCCUGGAGACGGUUUCCAAUGCCCUAAGCUGGGCCAUGGCUUACAUCGUAAACAGCCCGAAGAUUCAGCAAAGCCUGCAUCGAGAGUUGGAUAGCGCUGUUGGGCGGCUCCGCCUUCCUACCAUCCAAGAUAAGCCAAAGAUGCCUCUUCUACAAGCUACAGUGUUGGAGGUUCUUCGCAUUACUUCCUUGGUACCACUUGCUUUGCCUCAUCAAACCUCAGAGGAAACAAAACUAUGUGGGUACACGAUCCCAAAGGCCACACUAGUCAUUGUCAAUCUGUGGGCAGUGAAUCAUGACCCUCGCGUGUUUGAGAACCCACACGUGUUUAAUCCUUACAGAUUCUUGAAUGAGGACGGAGAGCUCUGCCAAAAGAAGACCAAGUUCCAGCUGCCUUUUUCGAUUGGAAGUCGUCGCUGUCUUGGAGGCACGUUGGCUAAAGCAGAGAUCUUUUUGCUGCUAGCUUGUUUAUUGCAGCACUUUGAGUUUUCCAGCGCCACUGGAGGUAGCGUUGAUUUGGAAAGUCAUUUUGGACUCACUUUACGUCCAAAACCUUUCAGUGCUUGCGCUCGUCUUCGCUGAAAAGGGGGACCUAGCAAUGUUAUGUCUCACGCUUCAUUGCUCAGCUCUACGAUUCAGAAGCACUGCUCAAAUAAACCAUCUAUACUGUAAAAUAGUGUCAGUUACCAAGGUUUUUUCUACUAGUCAAAAAUGCGAGAAAGAGUCAGGACUGAGGCGUAUACUAUUUUAUUAUCACUGUUAUUUACAUAAUAAUAUAUUUCGCCACGGUGGUUUUUAGUAAAAAAAAUAUAUAAUUUUGCAUUAUCACAUUCUCCAAGCCAUGUAACUGUGGGUCAAGGUGACUAUAGUUGAAUGACAUUUCAAACUGCAUUUGCCGUGGUUUAUAGUCACUGGAGCUUUCUAUUUAAACUUAGGAAACUUAAAUCUAUAGAGUAUAGCCAAACAUGUUUAUUUUUCUUCCUUGUAUUCAUAAUAGGUACAACCAAUCUUAUGGAUCAGUCUUGAUGGCGAUCUGUGACAGCGCUUCGGGCUAGGAUCCAAGACAAAAUCAACAUCUGUGAGACGUGUAAAAUCUAUUUUACACUGGAUAGGUAGUAUCUGUAGUUGGUGAUAUUGUUAAUUUUCUCACAGUUUUUCUGGUUCAAAGGAAACAAGGCGUCGAAGUACAAUGGAAAAGAUCACGAAAACGCGACAGUGUUGUAUUAUAAAAAAUUUGGACCUCCAUAGGAGGUGUGUCAUUCACGCGUAAGCACGUCACAAACACUUGGAGUUGUUUGUCACCGAUUUCAGUUGUCUCGGUCAAGGUGACUGGGCUUGCUUCACUGACUUUACAUCGAGCAUACUUGAAAUAGUCUACAGAGGUUCGAACUCUCCAGCAAAAUGUGGCGUAAUAGAUGAAGAGCAGUGAAAUUGUUUUUCUUCAGUUUCGAUACAAAGAAAAGGCAUCUAUUACAAAGAAAAAUACAAACGUUGGCUGCGGCGAGAAGAAAGUGACAAAAACGAAAAUCAAUAAUCAGGAAAAGCGAUAGGUCUUAGCAACUAGAUUACGUUGUGUUGGCCUUGAAUUUAAGUUCUUAACAAACAAGAUUUUCUCUUGACCUUAAAAACCUUAGGAAGAACGCUUUAAUCGGGCUAGAAGUUUUUUUGUUAUAUUUUAUUAUAUAUUGUUAUAUUUUUGUUAACUCUCACUCUCAUAGGAGUAAAUAAGCACCAGUUAUUUUUCGAACUAAUGCAAAAUAAUUACCGAGUUAAAAAGCACCGAUUAUACGAUCGAUAUUCCUUGACCUUGUUAUUAACUUGUUAUUGGUAGUCAGCUAUUGUAACAUUGUAUUAUUAUAACAAUAGAAGCAGCGAGGUACACCCUGUCUCAUUCGAUUGUGUGCAGAUAACUAAAUGCACAGUGCGCUUACUUAAUGUAUUUUCUUAUAAUCUGAAAAGCGACCUGAAGCGAUGUGGAGCUUCUUACGGAAAGUACGCUUUGUCCAUCGCGAACAAAACGAAGUCAGUUGAAUCAUUGUUACUUUAGAAAAGUAUGCUCCUCCAUAGCGGACUGUAUCCAUCCCAUUCAUUUGUGAUCAACAAAUGUCAUCAAAAACAACACAAUAUUGAUUGUAUUAUUUAAGUGGGACUCACAAUUCAAUAAACACUACAUACUCUAGAUUGCUAAA